AUAUUAAUAUUCUCAUUUUACAAUUUUGUAAGAUAAUACGCCUGAAAAUAGGCAUCAGCUGAUAAUGUGCAGGUUAUGAAAGUUACAACUUGUAAGUCCCUACAAAGCAAUGCCGUUCUUUAAAGUUGUUGGCAAAACUUGUGGUUUUAUAGGCUAUGUUUUCCAAUACGCUUGUAUUACGCAUUGCACGUUUGAAUAUAUAGGAGAUUUUGUGAUGUGUUCAGGCCCAUCAAUGGAGCCUACUUUAGAAACAAAUAAUAUUUUACUCACAGAGCACAUAACUCCGAGGUUUCAAAGGCUACGUCGAGGUGAUAUUGUCAUUGCGAAAAGUCCUAACAAUCCUAGGCAGAACAUCUGUAAAAGAGUAAUAGGCCUCCCUGGAGACAAAAUGAGGGGUCAAUUUCCAAGAAGAAGCCAAGUGGUGCCAAGAGGGCAUGUAUGGUUAGAAGGAGAUAAUGCAAGCAACUCAUCUGACUCUCGGCUCUAUGGACCAGUGCCUCAGGGCUUGAUCAGGAGUAGAGUACUAUGCCGAGUUUGGCCUUUAGACAAAAUCUCAUCGUUGACUGAUGUUUAACUGUUUUACCAUACUUAUCUCAAAUUGUAUUUGUAAAUAAAUAGCAGACAAGUAUGCUCCAA